UCUGCGAAUAUCGAACGUCCAACGUCACACCAACUUUAUUCCAGUCAGCAACGGUGUCUUUCCAUUGAUGGAUAAGGCAUGAGAAGUCUGACAAACUCUGCAUCUCAGCAAAGUUAAGGAGGAGACGCGCUUGGUGUGCUUCAGUGAAAUUUCCCGCAUUUCAACUCUCCCGAGUCAAACAUUAAUCCUGCACACGGAGGACGUACGAGGCGCAGAUACCGGCAAAAUGAGCAAAGUGCAAGGAGUCACGAAAUGCGUGAAAUACCUGCUUUUCCUCUUCAACUUCAUAUUCUGGCUCUCUGGUUCUAUGGUGUUAGCAGUGGGACUGUGGCUGAGGUUUGAUCCUAAUACAAAAUCAUUACUGAACGCAGAUAAUGCUCCCCAAACCUUCUUUUUUGCGGUGUAUAUUUUGAUGGGAGUAGGAGGAAUCAUGAUGCUCGUGGGUUUCUUUGGGUGCUUUGGAGCUGUGAGGGAGUCGCAGUGUCUUCUGGGAUUGUUCUUUUCCUGUCUACUGAUCAUUUUUGGUGCAGAAGUGGCUGCAGGAAUUUUUGGCUUAUUGAACAAAGAUGGGAUUAUUCAUGAGGUUAAAAAUUUUUACAAUACCUCAUUCAAUACUAAUAGCAGCAUCACAAUCAACGCGUUCCAUCAAAAUCUUGAGUGCUGUGGAGAUUUAGAGAAAAAAUCUAAUACCUCUCUGUGUCCUACCAAUAGUAACAAGGACUGCAACACAGCCAUAGAGGAUUUUUUUAAUGAGAAACUCAUCAUCAUUGGAUAUGUGGGUAUUGGCAUUGCAGGGAUCAUGAUAAUUGGUAUGGUCUUCAGUAUGGUUCUAUGUCGUGGUAUACGGAGCAACAGGGAAGUCAUAUAGAUUCUCACAGACCUCCUAAUUCAAGUUGAACUGUCCUGAAUCUGAUGUCCCGACAUCACUGAGCCAACGUAUUUGAAAGGCUUGCAUAGAGUAGUGUAAGAUAUUGUUGAAGCUUUCUAAUGCUAAUUUCUUUAAUUGUAUUUGUUUGUGCUGCACCAUUACUGCAUGGAUUGAGUGUAUCUGAAUUAAAAUGACCUUUCAUAUUGUUUCAUUUAGCUGGGAGAUUAGUUAUGAUUACAGCAUUAUUUUUAUGACCAGUUUAGAUAUUAGUAAGUAGAGAAGCUUGGGCAAACAUAAUUUUUUUCUAAAAUUAUUACUGCUAAUGUAAAUAUUGUAUGUAAAGAGCAGGUACUGUUUGCUUUGGAAUAUUAUUUUGUGUGCAAAUAUAGUCCAUGUUUGAUGA